CCAGUAUAGCGCCAUGGAUUAAUCGCCAGCUAGCAGCUAGGUCGAAUCGAAGGCGCUGCGCUUUGCGUUGGACAGUUGGACUUGGAAGAAAGAAAGAACGAUGUUACUUAGGUGAGAGCGUGCGUCCAUUCCACUACCUAGUGCUUGUAAUCAAGGGGAGCAUCAUAUCGAAAUAUCUGGUCAUGGAGGCACUGUCGUCGAGGGCGCUGGUGCUCGAGCACCACCAUGUCAAUCACAAUGUCUUGCUGUGGCAACAACGGCCAUGGAGGGCGCCUCAAUCGGCGGCCCUGCUAUCCGUGGCGCACUCGGCAUUGAGGCGCACAAAAGCCAGGCUAUGGCGAUGGCCAUCGUCGUCGUGCCGGGAUUUGCUUGUCGCAGCUGCCACCAGUGCGUCUUGCUUGGCCUCCGCUUCUUCUUCUUCUUCCACAGCCGAGUUUGGUGACCAAAACCACCAAAGCCAUGAUGCAGCAGCGCCGCCAUCGCAGCGGCAAUCGGAGCUAGGAGAGAGUGCUGCCGACCUGCAAACUUCGAAGGAGUCGCAAACUGCCCCGCAAAAGAUGCCGACCAGAAACCUUCAAGCCGCGGGGAUCAUCUCGGGAAUCACACUCGUGGGAACAAUAGCCGCCGUUUCCUUCACGCUCGCCAGCGGAGGUCCGGCCGCGCUUGCCGCAGCGAUCUCCAAGUCGGGAUUCUAUGCUGCGUUUGCGUUGAUUUUUGUGUCGGAGAUUGGCGAUAAGACGUUCUUCAUCGCCGCAUUGCUGGCCAUGAGACACUCUCGAGGACUGGUGCUGCUGGGCUCAAUGGGUGCGCUUAGCCUCAUGACCGUCAUCUCGGUUGUCAUCGGGAGGCUUUUCCAACGCGUGCCGGCACAACUACAGACUUCUUUGCCAAUUGGUGAGUAUGCCGCUGUGGCGCUCCUCAUCCUCUUUGGCCUGAAAGCAAUCAAAGAGGCGUGGGAGCUACCGUCAGCCCCCGCUGAUGCACCGGAUGCGGCAGCUGACUCGGGCGAGCUUGCAGAAGCGGAACAAGUUGUCAAGCAAGUCCAGGCUGACAAGAAGUUGAGCACUCCGCUGACAAUACUCGGAGAAACAUUCAGCCUGGUCUUCCUAGCCGAAUGGGGGGAUCGAUCGAUGCUGGCCACAGUCGCCCUGGGUGCCGCUCAAUCUCCGUGGGGCGUGGCGUCGGGCGCAAUCCUGGGACAUACGCUCGCAACGUUGCUGGCUGUGCUUGGCGGCGCACUUCUAGCUCGAUAUAUCUCCGAGAAAGUGGUUGGCUACACGGGCGGAGUCCUCUUUCUUGUGUUUGCGGCCGCGACUCUGCUGGGAGCAUUCUAGCCCGAAAGUUUUGUUUUGUACUCCCUUUCUCCCUUUGAAUCACAAUGAGAAUUAUUUAGGGCU